GCUCUGAGUCACGCGCUAGUCACUAGACCACUGCAAUUUAUGUGGGUAGAUUUCGCAACCAAUCAGAUGACAGUGAAUUUUUCCCGCCAAGUUUUUACCAAUCACGUGCGGUCAAAACGUGUUUUGGAACGUCAUGUGACUCUCAAUCCCUUCUCCUUUUUCUCCUUCUUUUCCCUGUGCCGUCGUACGUGAUAUGUGAGAGAUGUGGUUUGGACCGAAAAGAACUGCCAAUGUUGUCGAAAAUAUUCUCUUUUGGAUCUCGAAAAACUGGCAAAAAGCACAGCGAUGUCGAAGCUGAAACGCCAGACGAAUUUUGCGCCACGAAAAGGCCAUUUCCACAGUUGGCUCAAGAUCAGAUAAGAAUUCUGGUGUUCAGAGAUUGUGAUCGCAAGGGGAAAACCUUGCUGUUUGACUCCAAGGUAAUUACACAGGAUUUGAAUCAGCAGGAUGUAGGUCAAACCGAAGGCACUGAUGCAGAGCAAGGAAGCAAGAGGUUAUCUGGAGGUCCAAGGAUGGACCCAGCGCCCCGACCAAAAUUACAGCAUUCACGCCCAAGUCACGAUGCCAAAAUGCUUGGAGAAAUGAUAUUUGGCUCUGUGGCGAUGACUUACAAAGGACAGACUGUCAAAGUUCAUGAAAUAAGAACUCCGCAUCAGCUUCUACUAACAAAUGUCUUUGCUGUUAAACCAAGAAUUGUCAUGCCCAACUGCUGUGAUGGCAAUGACUUCCUAAGUUCCAGUAGUCAAGUAGAUUCAGUGUUGGAUGAAAGUACAAGGAUAGAACCAGACUGUGCAUCACUGUCGCCACAGAGUAGUUUUUCCAAAGAAGAUUCAGGUCUUGGAACUUCAUCUAAACCAAUGGCUGUUCCAGGAUCUUCACCAAUAGUUGUUAUUGAUCAUGAUACUGAUGAAGACAGUGGCUUCACGGCAUCUGUUGAAAGUAAUUAUCUGGAAGAAACUCUGUCAUCGCUUUUUCUGUCAGCCUCCUCACCUUGUGGUAGCUAUCACAGGCGUCUUCAUCGCAGCCAGGUCACCAGUAUUGACCACAGUUUUGGAAGAAAGAGCGAAGAAUUAGCUGAAGAAGUUUCUCCUCUCAUGAGACGCAGGCCAAAGUUGGGUAUUGGAAUCAUUUUUGCGCUUGGUGACAAUGAAGAGAAGAGCAGAGCCCUGCAAGGUUUCUUUUUUGCCCAUUUCCCUCUGUUUGAGUCACAUGUGAAGCGUUUGAGACUGGCUGUAGAAAAUGCUUGCUUCUUGAAAACAAAGUCAUUUUCAAGUCAAGUAAUUGAGGCAGUACAGGCGUUCAGAGAGAACAUCCACAACCUUCUGGCAGCACCAAGACUCAAGGAGCCUGUGUGGUUAAACAUGAUGACACAUUCUUCACACCGCUCUCAUCUGUGUGAGAAAUUCAUGGUUCAGUUGAUUGAUUGCCUCAGAAUUGGAAACAGCAGAGAAACUAACUUUUUCAUGGCUUCAGUACUGACUGCUGUUUUGCAAUACCACCUUGCUUGGGUGUCGACGGUGAUGCCUGCUGGGGCAGCUCCUAGCCGGGCUUAUCUGGAUAAACAUUCAUCCAAAACUCUGGAUCUUCUUGCUCAGUCGCAUCCUUACAAUCCAUUGUGGGCACAGCUGGGGGACUUGUAUGGGGCAAUUGGAUUUCCCCUCAGAGUUGCAAGAACUGUUGUUGUUGGAAAAGAUUCCAAGCUUGUUGCCCAAGUGUUAGAUGUUCUUAGCUAUUUUAUUAGAUGUACAGAAGUGUUUGAACAUGUACAGAAAAGAGAUGAUGACAGCAGAGAUGGUACGCACGACAAAGUCUCCAAUUUUGGAGAAGAUAGUAGCUGUUCCCAGUGUGGAACCAAGUCUUUUACUGAAAGUGACUUCUCUGGAAAAACGUGUAGUUUAACCAGCGGGACUGUAAUUAUUUGUACUAAAUGCAAACAAAAUUGUGAUGGAAAGUGCACACUACAAGGUGAACUUAAAGACAAAGGGGAGAAAGAAUCUUUACAUGAACAGAUUUUACCACAGCUACAAGUCACACAUGGUGUAACGCAAUGCUUGAAUUGUAGUUCAAGAAUCAACGGCACUUCUUUGCAGAAGCUUUCCAACAUUGAAAUAUUGCAGUCUAACUGCACAUGUAACAAGAUAUCUACUGGUGGAGUUCAAAAAGAAUUGAAACAUUUUAUUAAGGAUGUGAAUUUGUUGACUAUGACCAACCACCAUUUUAACACUUUUCAAUGCUAUUGCUGCAAGAAUUCAACUGGAGUUGAUCACGUCUUGUCCAAAGGAACAAAGUUUAAAUGCUACUGUGCACCAGACUGUGAUUCUAACAAUCAUCACGGAAAACAGUUUUCCAAUGAACUCUAUUGCAUCAAUUGUCUUGAGAAACUUCAUCAAUCUUUGCAGAAAUGCAAGGGUGACCACCAGACCAAAACAAAUGACUCUCUAGCAAGGAUUGCAAAAAUUUCACAGGCUGUUCAAAGCCAGGACAUUUUAGGUGACUGUAAUGGACACACAGACAAUCGUAUCUCUGAGACAGACAGUUGUGUCUCGGAUGACACUGAUACAGCAUCAGUUAGAAGUAGCGCAUUAGACAAACUUGUUGAUGGGGAAGGGACUAUUGCAUCCUAUGGACGAAGUGGCUCAGCUGACUCAGGCAUUCACCAAAGUCCAUUAAAUUCACCCUUCAUUCAGCAACCUGUGGAUUUUCCAAAUAUCAUCUCGCAUCAAGGAGAAGAUGAACAGAUUCCAGAGGAACUUCCUCUUCCAAGGAUAGAGGAUGUGAACUCUUGUCCAAGCCCUGACAGUACACAAGUCAUGACUGUUUGGUUUUCUUUUAGGACUUGUGAGGUUGUCUCUGUGAAGAAGAACAAGAAACAGCCAGCGAGUGAUUCUCCUCAUGUACAACAAGUUGAAGUGUCCAACUUGGUUUUCUCUAUGCUAUCUUCACUAAGUGGUCUCUGGGAUAUUAAGAUGUCUGCUGAGUUUUGUCUCAUGCACUUGGAGGAUAAACUGAAAGAAAUCUACUUGAAAAGCAAGGUUAUAACAGAAAGACUGAGAGACAGAAGGAAGGCGUUGACUCGUGACGAUCUCACAAAAAUGCUGAGUGUGGAUAAUAAUGACGUGCCGUUGCUGCUGGCAGUGGCUAGUACCCAUUCCCCACAGAGCAUGCCACUGGUCAGCUGAGCACCAAAUUAAAUGGUUUUGA